AUGGAUGCAAGGGGUGGACCAGAGGCGGGACGGAGCAGAGGAGUUCUGCUUGAUGUCUUGACGCGUUUCUGGCAAGAAUUUUUUACAGCUCUGACGAUUGGAGGUAAUGAGAAAAUACCAUACAUAAGGCAUGAUCUCCAAAAGGCUGAAUGGCAGGCCAUCGAACGAGCCCUUGUUUAUGGGUACCAAAAGAUGAAGUAUUUUCCUCUUCAAGUUUCACAUUUAUUUGUUGCAUCAAGCUUGUUUGGGGAGGAAAGUAUAACUCCCGACUUUCUGUUGAAGUCAUUUCGGGAGUAUAUCGCGGAAGAGGAUAGGGAGGUACUGGAUAUGUGUCUAAGAGAUGACUUUGACCUCCAAGAUGACGAUGGUAAUGAUAAUGAUGAUGUGCUGAAAUUUCUUUCCCCUUUCAAGUGUUUUCGAAUCCCCAAUAAAGACAGCAUCAUAUCCAUCAUCAGCGAGCUUGCCCAUCAAGAGCUCAUCCAGAAACCGAGGUAUGUGUUAAAUUGCUGGGCUCCCAUACUGGAUGUUCCACGAUGUGAUCACAGCUUCCAAACACUCGAGGGACUUGAUCAACUGUACAAAAGUAAACGACCAAUAGCGAAGAAGACAGUUAAACUGUUGCAAGGAGAGCAAGCAACCGAUGCUGAACGUCAGAGUCUCGACUAUUUGAAGAAAUUUGUCAAGUCCUUGGAAGGGAAGGCGCUUUCUAUGUUUCUACGCUUUUGCACAGGGAGGGAUGUGAUCACCUGUGACUCGAUAAGAAUUUGCUUCUCCUCGCUGGAAGGGCUUCAGAGACGCCCUGUGGCCCGUACGUGUGUUCCCAUUCGGGAGCUUCCCCUCGUCUUACGAGCAACUAUCGACCAAUUUCUGUAUUACCCGUUCUUUCUAAGAUCCUUGAACGACACGUUGCAACAUCUCACCGCAAACACCUGCACAGCUAUGAUUUGCUAUACAACCUCCAGUCAGCUUUUCGUCCUAAUCACUCCACGGAAACGGCACUGA